AAAUUGGUUUAAAAUUUUCUAGUAUGUCAUGAAGCUGCAUCACAUCCUAAUUCCGUAAUCAUGCACCCUUUUUAUUCGUGCAUAUGGACGGCAGCGAGGCAAAAAGUGACGUGUACCACGUGACAAGUCAGUUUAUUCUGCUGUUGCUUUAAGUAUAAUUAUUUAUUUUUGAAUAAGUAACCAUUACGUUUAAAAUGGCAUACUGGUUAUUUUUUAUUAUUCGGACAAAAAAAAUCAGACCCAUUUUGUCCGAGAAAGUGAAUCCACUACGUUAAGCCCCGCCUGAUGCUGUGACGUCGACGUGGCUCGCGGAACACUGGUCUCUGAAGAAGCUGUGUAUCUUAAUGGACCUUACGAUUACUUCUGAUAGCUCAAUGAUACAGUUGUUGCAUUAUCUAUGUUUUCGUCGGCACCGAUGAUUUCAAUCGUAAUCUUGCUCUUGGCUGUUUCGGCUGAAGCGGAUUUAUUUCAAUUCGAAAGCAUUUCAAAUGUUUCUACCUAUUAUUUCAAUUACAUCUAUUGCAAUAUAUGGGAAGGGGACUGUCAGCCAAACCAAGAUGAUGCGACCCAGCAAGUGCCUACAUGGGACAUUUGGUCAGGCUUUCCCCAGUAUUACACUGGUAUGCUGAUGGCUUGGUACUGCAGCCUGGGUCAGUGCUGUGAUACAGGAGACUGUAGGAUUACAAAUAAUAUCACAGGACUGGAAAGAGAUCUCCAGGUAAAGCUUCACGGUCAGCACCUGGCCCAGUCAGUGGUUCUGAAAGCAAUUCAAGGCUUCAUCAACAACCCAGAGUCCAAUAAGCCACUGACUCUCUCCUUUCACGGCUGGUCUGGGACAGGCAAGAACUUUGUGGCCCGGAUGGUGGCAGACAACCUGUACCGGGAUGGUAUAAAGAGUGAAUGUGUGCGUUUGUUCAUUGCACCGUUCCAUUUUCCUCACGUGAGACUAGUGGACGUGUACAAGGGCCAGCUGAGAGAAGCUAUUCGAGACAUGGUUUUGAGAUGUCCACAGACUCUUUUUAUCUUUGAUGAGGCAGAGAAGCUGCAUCCAGGUCUCAUUGAUGCUAUAAAGCCAUACAUGGACCACUAUGAUAAUGUGGAUGGGGUCAGCUAUAGGAGAACCAUAUUUCUGUUCCUAAGCAAUAUCGGUGGUGGUGCCAUCAAUGAGGUGGCAUUAGAUUUCUGGCAUUCAGGACAAAACCGGGAAGACAUCGGCAUGGAGGACUUGGAACACCUUUUGAGAGCAGAAGCUAUGGAGGCAGAAGGAGGUUUUGCCCAAAGUGAGCUGAUGUCAGGCCAUCUGAUUGACUUCUUUGUACCAUUUCUACCACUGGAGUAUCGGCAUGUGAAAUUGUGUGCCCAUGAUGCAUAUGCAGCUCGUGGCCUCCAACCGGAUGAGAGAACGCUGGAUGAAGUGGCCAAAGCCAUGAUGUAUGUUCCUAAGGAGGAGAAACUUUUCUCAGCACAGGGGUGCAAAUCAAUUCCUCAAAGGAUCAAUUUCUUUUUACCAUAACGGAGCGUAACAUCAGUAAAGAUCAAGAAUCACAGUGUGUGUGAAGGUGAAA